AUGAAUAUUUUCUUUCCGGCCCUUAGUCUUCUCGCCGGGACGGCAUUCGGCCUAAACUAUACCGAACCAUAUCGUCCUCAAUACCAUUUCUCCCCUGCCAAGAACUGGAUGAAUGAUCCCAACGGACUGUUAUAUCACAAUAGCACCUAUCAUCUUUUCUUCCAGUACAAUCCCGCUGGUAUUGAAUGGGGGAAUAUGUCGUGGGGUCAUGCAACGAGUAGGGAUUUGACCCACUGGGAUGAGCGGCCUGUUGCUCUCCUUGCUCGCGGAUAUCCCGAAAAUGUCACCAAGAUGUAUUUCACAGGAAGUGCGGUAGCAGAUGUGAACAACACUAGUGGAUUCGGAGUCGAGGGAAAGAUUCCUUUGGUCGCCAUGUAUACUUCUUCGUAUCCUAUCUCCCAAGAACUGCCAAGCGGGAAGUAUGUCCGUGCAGAGCAGCAAUCUCAGUCAAUCGCCUAUAGCCUUGAUGAGGGCGAGACUUGGACAAGAUAUGAUGCCGAGAACCCCGUGAUUCACAACCCACCAUCUCCUUAUGCAGCAGAAUUCGAGAACUUCCGGGAUCCCUUUGUGUUCUGGCAUGGCGAUACACAGAAAUGGAUCUCCGUCACAGUUUUGGCAUCACUCCACAAAAUCUUAAUAUGGAGUUCUGAUAAUCUCAAAGAGUGGUCUUUAGCCAGCGAGUUCGGACCAUAUAAUGCUGUCGGUGGCGUGUGGGAAUGUCCCAAUAUGUUUGAAUUGCCCAUCAAAGGAGACCCAUCAGCUAAGAAAUGGGUAAUAGUUUUAGGACUCAAUCCUGGUGGACCACCUGGCACGGUCGGAUCAGGCACGCAAUACUUCAUUGGCGACUUCAAGGGAACCACUUUCAAGCCGGAUUCUGCUAGCAUCCAUCCAGGUAAUAAUUCUGCAAACUGGAUGGAUUGGGGUCCGGACUUUUAUGCUGCCACCAGUUAUAACGGACUUCCCGAUGGAGACGUAGUCCAGAUCGCGUGGAUGAAUAAUUGGCAGUAUGGCGAGGUGAUCCCCACAAGCGCUUGGCGAAGCGCCAUGUCUGUUCCCUGUCAGUUGUCUCUGAAGAAAGUUGAAAAAGAGGUGAUUUUACUUCAACAACCGCAACAGAACUGGCGGAGGGUCGUCAACCUUGUCAACCACCAGACCUUCAAACAUUCCUGGAAAUCUGUACCGAAAGGAUCAACCCGCCUUGAACCCCCAGGCAGAGCAUUCAAUAUCGAUUUGAGCUUUUCCGAUCACGACUACGAUGAUUCUCUGGCAUCGACGUUUGCGAUAGCUGUCCGUACUAGCUCUGACCUCAAGCAAGAAGCACUCAUCGGGUACAACUUUACCAGCAAAGAGGUAUUCAUGGAUAGGCGAAAUUCGAGAGAUGUAUCUUUCGACAAGACCUUUGCAAGCUUGUAUCACGGAUCACUGCCAUCACGCGCGGAUAAGCCUAUCAACUUGCAGAUCUUUGUCGAUUGGUCCAGCGUUGAAGUCUUGGGUGGUGAAGGAGAGGUUUCUUUGACGGCUCAGAUCUUCCCAGAGGGAAAUUCAACUGAGGCGCGGCUUGUCUCGAUAGAUAGAGUAACCUAG